ACAGGGCCAGCUUAGUUUUGACCAUGGCUACUCUUUGGCUCCUGCUGGCGCUUGUGCACUCUGCACUUGCAGUGCCGUGGUGGGAGGUAUCCACCGAGGAGAAUGCGAAGUCACUGGCCUUGUACUUUGACCGGGAGGCACGGCGCUACUUUGUGUACACGGAAGGAACCAUUGCCUCGAGUGAAAAGGCCUUGAGUAUGUAUUUCAACGUGGCCCGUGGACCAACAGUCAAAAACAUUUGCGAAGUUGGUUUCAACGCUGGACAUUCUACGGCGAUUUACCUCAAUGCGAAUCCAGAGGCAAAGGUCUUCUCGUUCGACAUAGGCCAAUUCCCUUACACUCGAGGCAACUCAAAGCUGAUGAAGUCACUCUUUCCGGACCGCUUUGAGUACAUCUCCGGACCAUCAGCAGAGACUGUCAAAGCCUUUGGUGAAGCAAGGCCCGAUGUGAAAUGCGACGUGAUUAGCGUUGAUGGAGAUCACAGUACUGAAGGAACGCUGGCAGAUUUGGAGAACUUCCGAAAGUUGGCUUCCUGCAGGAAUUGGGUCCUCAUGGAUGAUGCUGGCUGGAACUCCACAAACUCUGCUUGGCAAAUGGCAAAGGAUGCUGGUAUCCUGACCCAGGUGGAGUGCUUUGCCGACAUGAACCCGAGGCCUGAUUACCAAUUCAUGGAGUAUCCAGAGAACAGGUCUUGGUGUCUAGGUUUCUUUAACGUCCACGAUUUGGACUCUGAAUGUCCUGCGUGGUUUGACACGAAUCCAAACACAGACAGAACUUUUGUUCGCCCAAUCGAGAUUUAGGCAUUGGCUACCUCAACGCGGAAGCGCCAAAAGCGCGUGUUUGCACAUGUUCCGGCAGUCCCCGUCAACGAGCAAACUUGUA